AUGGCAUCAACUACCUCAGCUAAACAUAGCGCUGGUGUAGGAGCAUCAUCAGCCCCCUUCAACCCUGAUCAGAUGCCCACCUUCGACCCUUCACCCAUCAAUCCUAAUCCUUUGCGAAAGGACAAGUACGUGGCCUCGGCAGGCUGCAUCAUCAUCGGCGACGAGGUCCUCAAUGGAAAGACCAAAGAUAGCAAUUCAAACUAUUUUGCAAAGUGGUGCUUCAACCUCGGAAUCGAUUUGAAGCGUGAGUGCGUGUGGCUAUAUACACGCAUGUAGGCGAUACCCACUGGUUACGUGCCAUCAGAGCGUCCGCUGAUCGCAAUGCUUCACUCUAUCACUAGGGGUUGAGGUCAUUCCCGACGAUGAGGACGACAUUGUCGAGACGGCCAGGCGCAUGGCUAGCAAGUAUGACCUCGUUAUCAGCUCGGUGAGGUCCGCUCGCGUCCGUCAAAAUUUAGCCGUGGGGCUGAUGAACUCAUGCUUUGGCUCUGCCAUCCUAGGGUGGCAUCGGACCAACUCCGGAUGAUAUCACGUAUCAGAGCAUGGCCAAGGUGAGGCGCCUGUCGCGCGCACAUCUUCCCCAAGGCCUGGGUUCAUUGUUUCUCAUCUCGUGUGCCAGGCCUUUUCGGACGGGAAGCUCGAGCACCAUCAAGAGACGCUGAGGCGCAUGGAGCUGAACCUCAAGGCUCGUAGGCGAGACGUCUCGGGGACUGAAGAGGUGAGCAACAAUGGCAGGCAGCUUCUCGAAGCGUUGCUGACAUGUGCUACAACCUCGACUCGCAGAUGAUGACUGCUCGAAAGCGCAUGGCCUUGUUUCCCGUCUCGACAUCCAACUCUUCCGUCGAGGUCAUCUUUCCAACCACGCAGCUCUGGGUUCCCGUCGUUCGUCUCUCUGGAAAAGUCUGCAUCUUGCCUGGUGUGCCUCGACUCUUUGAAGGGCUACUGGACGGCUUGGAAAAGUACGUUCCCAUUGAUCCCAACAGACCCAGACCUUAUCGCUUGUUGGUGCACACCAAGUGGCCAGAAAGCAACAUUUCUCCUUUCUUGGUCGAGCUGACGGAAAAGUGCAAAAAGGAGGGCAUCAAAGUCGGCAGUUAUCCCAAGGUAAGUUUGGCGCUGUCACUUUCAAGGGGGCAAAUGCGCCGAGGUCUACAAUCAACGAUGCUGACCUUGCGUGCUUGCUUAAUCGGCUCCGCUCGUCUAUCAGUGGAACUCGGGCGUGGACGUUUCGCUCAUCGGUGAAGAUUUAGCCCGCCUACAAGAGCUCGGGAGCGAAGUGGAAAAGGCGGUGGAGGGCAAGAUCACCACGGCUGGCAAGAUCGGCGAAGAGUCCAAUUGA